CGAGUCCGAUUCCGCUCAGUGAGCAAUCAUGGCGAGAGUGCACCGCAGCGGCCGCCUAUGCCCCGAGCAGACUCCGAUUAUUCCGUCCGCUCGCUUCAAUCCGUCCAUUCUAUGAUGCCCACAUCAGAAUCCGCCGAUCUUACCGAGUACUUCCCCGGCGAUGGAGAGCCUGGACCCGAGAUCGAAGCAGGCGUCGAGCAAUCGGCACACCGACGCGCCUCCCCACCUACCGACGGCGACACUCCCAAGUCUUCCAUCGAGAAGGAGGAGCAGCCCGCGCAUCCGAUGUCCGCUCGAGACCGCUGGAAGCACGCCAGCAAACUGCUUCGUCAGAAGACCGUCAACCUGGGUGAACGCUUGGGUAGACCCUCGGACGACGACGGUGGUGACCUCGGCGCCGCCAUGCUACCCGAUGAUUUGGAGAGAGGACUUGGACCAGCACCGCCGCGCCGUGGAGGAGAGGAAAAGGAUCCGUUUGAUAUUCACAACCGCGAUCGCGACGAAACACCGCCGCCACCCAGCGCAGAGGCCCAUAGACUGGUGCGCAGCAUGACCCAGCAUCACUUGCGCAACCGCAAACCUAAGUCUGCUUACGCACGCUCCGGAACCAGCACGCCCGAUGAAUCAAGUCGACCGGACUCCUGGUAUGGGGGUGCCACCCCGCCCCGCCCUGGUGCGGGCGGCGGUGGUAUUCUCUCGCAGUUGCUGAAGCUCCAUGCCGCGCAGGCGAAAGAUAACAUGUCCGUCACGGACUCGUCCGACAACGAAUCGGUGGCCUCGUCGGGGACCGCUACCCCGCGCCGGGACUUUUCGUCAGGGACGGCGACUCCCAAGAAGGAGAAGCUGAAAUGGUACAAGAAAUCGAAUCAUCACUCCACCGCCUCGCUGGUGUCCGCAUCGAUGAACCUCAGUCGGGCGAGUCUGCCGGCGUCUGCCGAUACGCUGGUGAUGCUGCCGCAACCACCGAAGAAGGGGAAGAAGAAGUCGCGCAAAACUCGGCUGGAGGACGAAAUCCGCGUCACCGUGCAUAUCGCCGAAAUCCUGGCCCGGCAGCGUUACAUCAUGCAGCUGUGCCGGGCGCUAAUGCGGUACGGCGCCCCCACCCACCGUCUCGAGGAGUACAUGCAAAUGACGGCCCGAGUCCUGGAAGUCGAAGGUCAGUUCUUGUAUCUGCCGGGAUGUAUGAUCAUGUCCUUCGACGAUCCGACCACCCGCACCGCCGAGGUCAAGUUGGUCCGAGUCGUGCAGGGGGUGGACCUGGGCCGGUUGGCGGAAACGCACAACGUGUACAAGAAUGUCGUCCAUGAUCUUAUUGGCGUGGAGGAGGCGAUUCAGGAAUUGGAUUUCAUUAUGAAGCGACCUCCCCGGUUCAACAAGUGGAUUCUCGUGCUGGCCUACGGGUUGGCCAGCUGUGCGGUCGGUCCAUUCGCCUUCGAAGCACGCCCGAUCGACAUGCCCAUCAUCUUCUUCCUGGGCAGCCUCGUCGGACUCAUGCAGCACGUCCUGGCCCCGCGCUCCGUUCUGUACUCCAACGUGUUCGAGGUCACCGCCGCCAUCCUGACCUCCUUCCUUGCCCGCGCCUUCGGGUCCAUUCACCGCGGCAAGAAUGCCGACGGCUCUCUGAAUUACAUCUUCUGCUUCUCCGCGCUGGCGCAGUCUUCCAUCGCUCUCAUCCUCCCGGGAUUUAUGGUUCUCUGCAGUAGUUUGGAACUGCAGUCCCACCAGAUGAUCGCCGGCUCCAUUCGCAUGGUCUACUCGAUCAUCUACUCGCUGUUCCUCGGCUACGGUAUCACGGUCGGGACGACUAUUUACGGUUUGAUCGACGGUGCGGCCAGCUCGACGACCACGUGCCCGAACCAGGAUGUCUACGGCAGCAAGUACACGCAGCACUUCGUCUUCGUCCCGAUCUACGUCAUCUUCCUCGCCAUCAUCAACCAGGGCAAAUGGAAGCAGGUGCCGGUCAUGAUCGUCAUCGCCACCUGCGGCUACGUGACCAACUACUUCAGCACGCUUAAACUCGGCUCAAGCUCGGAGGUCGCCAACACCGUCGGCGCCUUCACGAUCGGUCUGCUGGGCAACCUGUACAGUCGCCUGUGGCACGGCCACGCCGCCACGGCCAUCCUGCCCGGUAUCUUCGUGCUGGUGCCCUCUGGCCUCGCCUCCUCAGGUUCCUUGCUGUCGGGUAUCGAAUACGCCGACGAGGUGCGCGAAAACCUGAAGAACGGGACCAGCGCCAGCAGCACGACCUCGGACGCCAGUAUCUCCAGCCUUGGUUUCGGUAUGAUCCAGGUGGCCAUCGGUAUUACGGUGGGAUUGUUUGUGUCUGCCUUGAUCGUGUAUCCCUUCGGCAAGCGUCGGAGUGGAUUGUUCAGUUUCUAA